AGGGCAUACACAUGAGAAUCUUCCGCAGUGUCCCCUUGCCUCCAUGCCUAACCAGCAACGUAAGGCAUGCGACUGGUACGCUGGUCCUGGUGCCACCAUAUCGAUGCGGUAGUUGGUUAAGCUCCCUUACAUCAGCCAUCCAACCGCCGUCACUCUCAACGGACGCUCAGGGCGAGAAGCGCAGCAAAGGAAUACAAAGAAGAUGGGAGUCUCGACGACUUGUUCGCACCAUGAGCCAUGGUGGGGCGGGGGAAGACAGCCGCUUAAUGAGCCAAUGGCAACAAAUCCGGGCAUUGCAUGCGACUAGGCGCCAAGAAAACCUUGUAGUGGGUGGCUUGGUCGUGGCAGGUGGGGCCUUGGCGCUCCAGUACGGACUGCGGGCCUACAAGCAGUGGCAAGCCAAGAAGGCGGCAGAGGGAGCGGAAGACAAGGCAGACGGCGGGAAGAGCGGAGGGGGCGGGGGUUUCUCAGGGGGUAUGAGCUCCUUGUUCGCCAAGCGCUUUUACGAGGGGGGCUUUGAGGAUAAAAUGACUCGACGGGAGGCGGCCCUCAUUUUGGGAGUCAGGGAAAGCGCGUCCCCCCAGCGGAUAAAGGAGGCGCAUCGGCGAAUUCUCAUGCUCAACCACCCCGACACGGGCGGAUCUACUUAUCUUGCGUCAAAGAUAAAUGAGGCCAAGGAGCUACUACUCAAGGGCAGAGCAUGAUGGAAACGAUAAAAGCUCAAAGAAUCAAACCUUCAUUCUUC